GCGCACUGUAAAAGCUUCAUGUUGUCAAGAACAUGGAGAACUACAAGAUUGUUCGACAGCUGGGUCAAAGUGCCCAGGCAACAAUUUACCUCGCCGAAAAGUGCGAUACUGGUAAAUCGUGUGUCCUCAAAAAGGUGGAAUGCUUUGAUGAGAGUGAAGCUAAUAAGGCGUUCAGAGAGGCUCAGGACCUGCUGAGUUUAGAACACCCCUAUGUCUCUGGAUACAAUGAGUUCUUCGUCAUGUGGGAGAAAGAGAAUUCUUCAGUUUUCAUGGCGAUAGUUAUGGAUUACUUUCCUCUUGGUACGCUUGGCACCAUCAUGCAAAAACACUGGGAGAGCAAGGAAAUCAUUCCAGAGGAGACUAUCAAAAAUUGGGUUGGUCAGGUGAUUGAAGGCUUGGUGCAUGUUCAUCAGCGAGGAAUCAUUCACAGAGAUUUACGACCUAAUAACCUUUACCUACAAGAGGAGGGAAGUUUAAAGCUGGGAGAUUUCUCUGUAGCUACAGUGAUGGGAGACACUCAGACCUGCACCAGGGCUAGUCUCAGUAGUGCCAAUUACUUGGCUCCAGAGAUUGAGAAGACAGGCUUCAGUCCUGUCACUGACAUCUGGUCACUUGGCUGUAUACUGUUUGAGCUUACAACAUCAACUUUAUAUGAUGAGAAAGAUGUUACAGAAAAGAUGAAGGAGGCAAAAGAGGACCCUUAUGUGAUGGAGGAGGUGUUUGAGGAGGUGGCUAAUCAUUACUCUGGAGAACUGAUCAGCUUAAUUCGUCUAAUGUUGAAGAGGAAAGACAGGCCUUCUGCUUUAGACCUGAAGAAGAACAAUGCAUAUGUGAAGGCUUGUGUAGAAAUGACAGAUGCCUCACAGCUUGAGAAGAGGAAACGACAAAAGUCAGCCCGUAAAGACAGACGUACAGUACCAAAGGAUGGAGGUCUGAUUCGAAUCCUAGAACACCUUGCCACCUAUAUAGACUACGAGGAACAGGUGCUGGAAUCUCUCACACUAAUACUUGAAAUGUGUAAGGAGUCAGAGACAUUCCAGAUAGAUGCUAGUGGCAAGCGACUUAUUAGUGUGGCCAUGAGAAACAAUCUACAAAAUGAAAAUAUCCAGAUCACAGGAUGUAGUAUAUUCAACCGCUUGCUUGUGACUGGAAGCUCAGACAUUUUUAUCACUCGUCAUGAAGUUAAGAGAAAGGUUAAUGUACGUGACAAGCCAAAUGAUGCCAUAUUCUCCUCAGACGUAAUCAGUAUAUUCCCACGAGCUAUGGAGGAACACAGUUCUAGUGCUGAAGUCCAGCAGGUAGCUGCAGCAUCCUUGAUGGCUCUAGCCUGCAACAGUGAGGCAGCGGAGGCUAUUGGUUUUCUUGGUGGUGUUAACCACAUUCUUGAGGCGCUGAAGAAAUUCCCUAAUAACCCAGAGCUCUGUGCCACAUGCUGCCAUGCUCUGUGGAGUCUUUCUGUCAAUGAGAACAAUGUAAAGAUUGUGACAGCAGAGAAGGGACUUGGUUUGGUAUGUGAUGCCCUGAAAACACACAUGAAUUCUCCUGAUGUGGCUGAGGCUGCUUGUGCUGCGUUGAUGUCCACAACACUAAAUGAUGAAAAUUUAGUGUAUGUUGGUGACCUUGACUGCGUUGGCCUCCUUAUCAGUGCUAUAGACAAACAUACUGAGAACCCUAAGGUUGUCAAGAAUGCCUGUAUGGCCUUGGCCAGCCUGGUAGAACCUGAUGAGGAAAGUGCAUAUAGGGUACUAGCCAAUGAGGCUUCAGGUGGAGGUCAUAUAACAGGUAUACCCAAGGUCAUGAGUGCAUACGAACUCCACAAAGACAAUGCUGAGGUAGUAGAAAGUAUAGCAACACUGCUUAUGGAACUUGCUGAGUAUGAUGAUGUGAGGGCGGAAUUGAGACAUUUGAAUGUGGGACCCAAAGUACUCUCAGAAAUUUUCAAACGAUUCAAAGAAAAUGUGGACAUCAUGACACCGUGUGAGAAAGCUCUGUCCCGUUUACAAACCACCAUACAGCAAAAGGCUUCAAAAACACAGAUGUCUGUCUGAAUUGUGUCAUUGUAAUGGAGGAACA